AGUAAAAAUGAGCGCAACAGGUAUUUUCGCUUUCUUUUUCACUUGUGUACUAACUUACUCGUUAGCUUUUUCGCCUAGUCACACCGACGACGAAGGUGAGGCCAGAAUUGUUGGUGGUUUCGAGGAUAACAAAGAAGAUUAUCCUUUCGUGGUGUCUUUGAGAGGUGCAAAGAAUAAUCAUUUUUGUGGUGGCACGCUUAUUAACCAUGAGUACGUCAUUACUGCUGCGCACUGUGUAGUAAGUGGACACGAAAAAUACGUGGUUAUUGGCAGCGACUCCCUGGACCGAGGUGGAACCCUUCACAAAGUAAUUUCCAUACAUGUGCAUCCAGACUACGACCCGAAGUUGGUCAGAAAUGACAUAGCAAUACUACAAAUAGAGAAAGAAACGACUUAUAAAUCUUCAUUUCCUGCUAGAAUGCAAACCAAUUUGUCGGAUUACGAAAAUCCGUGCUACGUAAUGGGCUGGGGUUUGACUGAAGCAGGCGGCAACCUAUCGAAUAAAUUUAAAAUAGCACCAGUGCAACCUGUAAAUCCGAAAAAGUGCGAAGAAGAAUGGAAAGAAAUGUAUAAUCCACGUCUAAUCUGCACCAGUAGCGAAGGAAACGCGGCGUGUCACGGGGAUUCUGGAGGACCUUUAAUCUGUGAAAAUAAGUUCGCAGGAAUCGUGUCUUUCGGCAAACCAUGCGCUACAAGGAAACCUGACGCGUUCACAGCCGUCAGUUGCUACAACGAUUGGAUUGAUUCAAUAAUACAUUAGCUUAUUUCAUUAGAGGAAUUUGAUGUAGUAGCAUAAUAAAUAUAAAACGAAGAU